AGGGGAAUUCUUUGCAGAUAAAUGUUUUUCAUUUCCAGCUAGACUAGCUAUAGCUCUCUCACCUGUGCUGCUGUAACUGCACUACUAAUAGUCCGAUUGUGUAGUGUUUAGAGCAUUGAAGAUAUGGCUGCCUUAUUGAAGUACCUGGUAUUUCUAACACUGGCAGCUACUGUAGUCCUGCAGGUGCAAGCCCAGACAGGAGCCCAUUGCCUCAGAUGCUUCAGUGGUGUGUGUGAUGCAACCACCAGUCAACUAUUCAGCUUGGUGAAUGAUUCUGACCUCCGUUGCUGCGAAUGUUUUGAAUCCCUCUCUGUCAGUUUAUGUGCAGAUGACCUCAACUCGACUGUUUCUGCUAUUGAGAACACAUUUAGUAGCUCAUCACUGGAACAAUGUUGCAGUAAUGUGAGUACUAUAGUGACUACAGAAUCCUAUGUGCUUAGCACUGUUGAUGAAGUUACUAGCCAUACUGAAGAAGAGCUUGAAACAGCGAAUAUAGAUAAUGAAAUAGGAGCAGGAGAGUACAUUAUACCGUCUUUUCGAUUUGAUCGUAAUGAUUGCAUCAGGUCUAUACUAGUGAGGCCAGUUGAGGGGAUCCAGUCCAGUGGAAACAACAUACUCACAUUCGCAAUUUACAGAACAUAUCAAAAUGGUGGUACAUUCACGUCCCGGCUAUAUGAGUUGAAAACAAGUUUCUCAGUGACUUUAGUACAGCAAGAAUCAUCUAAUAUAGCUACUGCAAUGUUGCCAGAGGAACCAGUGUGUGUGGAAACAGGAGAUACUCUUGGAUUCUCAAUUCCACCAAUGUCCGACUUCAAGUUGGGAAUUGUGCUAUCAGAUGGUACAAAUGACUUCUUUACGCACAAUAUAACGGACAUUGCAAUCGAGCAACCUUGCCAACAACUGAACGGAUUUUAUGAGGUUGUACGCUCGGAUCAGUUUGGGUUUCUUGGCACUUUGUAUAAUCCCUUAAUCAAAGUGGAAUUGGGUCCACUGGAUACGCAGCCUACAUCUGUCCCCACGACAACCCCUCCCAUCUCUGCCCCCUCGUCUGACCCCCCACAGAGCACCACCUCCUCUUCCUCACCACCUGUGCAGCCAGAUCUUGCUCUACCACUCUACGCCAUCAUAGCCAUUGGAGCUGGGAGUGGUGUGUGUGUCUUGUUACUGUUGGUCAUCUUACUACUUGCUGUCUGUCUGUGUGUCAGGAGAAGCCGGCGAAGAAGCUCACACAUCAUGAAUCGAAAAAGCAAUGCUGAAACUAUUAGCACACUCAGGAGUCAGAGACUACAAGAUAUGAGCUCUCCGGGCGUUAUUACAGUGAAUAAUCCCACCGCUGAGGAAUCACAUGACUACGAUAUACCUCCACCAGACGCGAAACACUACUACCAUGAGCUUGAACCUGGUGUAGGACGUGUAGCGGCCACUGGUCAGUUGCACUCUGACCCCCAAGGCUAUGAUAUGGGCAGUAAUAUGGUUACCUAUGACAACCCUACAGAACUACUAUCAAGUACUCCCCAAACCCUUGCCCAAAACCCGCUCUACAGAACUGGACCUGAAGCUAAUGAAGAGAAACUGUUUUAUAACCCGCCAUCACAAUAUGACGUCCCGACUGCCUUGAUCAGGGCUCAAAAGACUCCUCCUCUGGCCCCCAUCUACCAUGAACUGGAGGGACCUACUGAGAAAAGAUCCCGUGCUGAUAGUAGCGACAAUAUCUACACUGAGACAGCAUUUGGACUGGACAGUGAUGACCUAUUACCACACUUUGAUUCUAAGCGCUCCAUCCGAAGCUCUUCAGUUGAUACGACUCUGACUGUCGAUACUAGCCACUCUGUUGCCAAGGACUCCGUGAGCUCUGAGGCCCCACUCCUUGGGCCCCACCAUUACUACCACGAGCUCGAGAGCAAUAGCUCCCCCCGUCCUCUCCCUCGUCUGCCCGAGCCCGAGGGCAAUAGCUCCCCUCGUUCUCUUCCUCGUCUGCCAGGCCCCGAGUCAGAGGGCAAAAGCUCUCCUCGUCCUCUACCUCGCCUGCCCCCCGCCAUCACAGUGGAUGGUGAAACAAGAGGAUCAUUGACAAACAGUCUGGAGAAUAGUACGGGUGGCCAUCACUUGUAUGAGCCUGGGAUCUACGUUCCUGGUGGGGAAGAGAGACAACAGCUCGGUGUGAUUGUCAAGGAGGAGCAUUCUGAGCAGUACAAAUCAUGGAAACAAAAGUCGUAUAAAGCGAUUAAGAAUAACAAACAGUUCUUUGAGGAGACAGUUGUUUACUGGGAACCUAAGAAUGCAGAACAGGAAAUCUAUAAUCAAUUCAAGGAAAAGAAGUUCAGAGAAAUCUUGAAGGACCAAAUAGAAUUUACCUCACAUCUGGGAGUGGGUCAAUUCGGCAGUGUUUCCAAGGCAACGUGGUCCAACGUUCAAAAGGGUUCCAAGAACGUGGCAGUGAAGACACUCAAGCCCACCCUGAGGCAAGAUGCCAAGGUAGCUUUCCUCCAGGAGGCAGCCAUCAUGGGGCAGUUCAACCACUCCAAUGUUGUGCGGCUGUACGGAGUGGUCACUAUGUCUGAGCCUAUCAUGAUUGUAAUGGAACUGUUGACCCUAGGAGAUCUCGACACAUACCUGUACAACAACUACCGACCUGGUGAGAUGCCUCCUCCUCACAAGAAGACUUUGCUCUCAUUCUCCCGACAAGUUGCCUGUGGAAUGAAAUACUUGGCCAGGAAGAACUUUGUUCAUCGUGACUUGGCAGCAAGGAACGUGCUAGUAACUGAGACACUGAUUUGCAAGAUUGGAGACUUUGGGAUGUCAAGGAAUCUCCAUGACAGUAACUACUACGCUUCUAAAGGAGGUACUGUACCUAUCAAAUGGACAGCACCUGAGGGUCUAAACUACAAGAAGUUCUCUACAGCCAGUGAUGUGUACAGCUAUGGCAUGGUGCUGUAUGAGAUAUGGUCUCUUGGUCUGAAACCACUGGCACACAUUAAGAUACAAAAUGUCUCCCAGUUUGUUACCGAGGGAAAGUGUCAGCACCCACCACCCGGAUGCCCCCGGAAGAUCUAUGAGAUCAUGGUGCACUGCUGGGCGCCUGAACAAGACGACAGGCCGACCUUCUCCAAUAUAUUUGACCUACUGAACGGGUCAGACAUUGAACUGCUGCGUUGGUCAGACACGGACUGUGCCCAGCUCUCUAACUUAGCCAUGGAGCUAGGAGCACCUCUCUCUGAGGCACGGACAAUGUUCCUAGAGCUGCAAGAGAUGAACCUUGUGCGCGAGGACAGCCACUCCGGCUUCCUAGGCACUGAUGUGUAGUGCAGGGGCAGGACAUGCAUUGUGUGUGUUUGCAAAGUAUAUAUUAUAUAUAUUUUUUUAUGUAUGCUCUCUAUAUGACUGUGUGUGAAUGAGCUAUAAUUAUCA